AUGCAAAGAUUAACACGUUUAAAAUUAUUAGUUGAAGUUAUACGUCGAUUACAAGAUGCAGUUGUACGAGAUUCCAAAGAUAAAACACUUGAAAAACAUCCUUUUCGUGUACCAAGUGUUAGAGAACGAGAAAAUGUACAACUUGCACUUCGUGAAUUAAAUCGA